AUGGAGCCCGCGGCGAUGGACCGCAUCGCCACCCGCCUCUCCGCCGUCGAGGGCCUCUACUUCCCGUCCUCCUUUCUCGGCACGUCCCCCACCGGCACAGGCACCGGGGCCGCACCCCCUCCCCCUUCCCCUCCCUCCCCGCCGCGGCGCAGGGCGGAGCUCCGCUCCCUCCUCGGCCGCGACGCGCCGCUCUUCCUGGAGCGGUACGGCGCGGCGCUGUCCGCCGACGAGCUCGCCGCCUUCGACGCGCUCAGCCCGGACUACGAGGUCGACUGGCACCUCCGCCGCCUGCGCGCCGCCGCCGCGGGGCUCCCCGCCCGCGUCGCGGGGGCCAUGGCGCGGCCCGGGGAGAGGUGGUCCGAGACGCUCAUGCGCCGCGCGGAGGAGGCGGUCAUCGUGGAGAAGAUCCGCGGGGAGCAGAUUAGGAGAGGGGUCGAUCCCAGCGAGUGGGUGGGUGGUGGCGCUGAGGAGACCAUGGAGGAGCAGGAAGAAGAGGAGGAGGAAGAGGAAGAGGAAGAAGAGGACGAGGAAGACGGGAUGAAGGAAAAGGGGAAAGAGGUCGAGAAGCCCAUUGCGACUGAGGUGGUUGCAAAUGAGGCUGCACCAAUGGAGUCCAACAAUGGGGGAGGCUCUGCUGCAACGACUUCCAACCAGACGUUAUCUUUUGAAGAAAUGCAGGAUCAGCUGGAGCAGUUCACAUAUGUCAUGCAACAAAAGUUCCUGUCCGGUGAAGACACUGAGCAUAUGGACUAUUCUCAGAUCGAUAAUGAUGAGAUGCUUGAUGAUCAUUGGUCCAGAGAAGCCAACUAUGAUGCAGAGGAAAAGUAUUUCGAAGAAGAUUAG